UGUCUUCCCCGCCGCCUCCUGCUUCCUCUGGGUCACAUGCGGGGCAGCCCCGGGGCGGGACGGGCCGCCUCGCCCACAGCCGCCAUCUCCGAGGGCACCGCCGCCCCUUCCCCUGGCCGCCUGGCGAGGUACCGUGAUCCAAGGAGGUGGAGUCGUUCACCAGGAAAGUGGCAGGAGGACCCUGAUGAGAGCGGGUUUGUUGUGAUGGAAGCUGGUGGAGGAGGAGAAGAUGAAGACUCCAGCGAGCGGGAGCGGGCAGGGAGACUGGUGGAGCUGCGGAGGGCGGGCUGGGUGGAUCCGGGCGGUGCGGGUGCCCUGCCCUGCCCUGCCCUCCCUCCGGCUGGCGACCAGGACUCUGCUCGGGCCAGGGCGGCGGCUGCCGCCGGGAGGGCAACGUGGAGCGGCCACGUGGAGCUGCCCAGGGGAGGGCGGCGGCGAGGAGCUGGCGCACCGCCCUGGCCACACCGAAGCCACCGCUGCCGGAGCCAAGCGCGCUGCUGCAGGGAAGGUGUCCCCUGUUCCAGCUCCAGGAGAGAUGUCACCUUGGACGAUGAUGUUAGUGCUGCUGCUGCUGCUGCUGCCCUUGAGUCAGGCUGCCCCCAGGGAUGGAACCGCGAGGCCGGUCCCUGAAGUGCAGCAGCAGCCCCUACCCAACCCCUUCCAGCCAGGCCCGGAGCAGCUGCGACUUCUGCGGAGCUACCUAAAGGGACUAGAGAGGAUGGAAGAGGAGCCGGAGCACAUGAGCCGGGAGCAGGUCCUGCUCUACCUCUUUGCCCUCCAUGACUAUGACCAGAGUGGACAGCUGGACGGCCUGGAGCUGAUGUCCAUGUUGACAGCAGCUCUGGCCCCCGGAGCCGCUGACUCUCCCACCACCAACCCAGUGGUCCUGGUCGUGGACGAGGUGCUGGAGACGCAGGACCUGAACGGGGACGGGCUCAUGACCCCCGCAGAGCUCGUCAACUUUCCCGGCGAGCCCCCGAGGCACUCGGAGCACCAAGAGCCCCCGGAGCCACAAGAUCUGGGCAGGCAGCCCCCGUCAGCCGAGGGCCCACCACCACCAGCAGCACAGGAAGCCCUGGGCCCCAGAGGAGAGGAGGGGCAGGUGGAGGCCGGAAAGGAGCCCUUGGAGCCUGGACAGGAGGCUGGGGAAAAGGCCCCAGGCCCCGUAGGGGAGGCCGGGGCCCAGGCCGAGGCCAGGGACGCUGGAAAGGAAGCGGAGGAGCAGCCAGGGGAAACACUGGAGUCUAAGAACCCCCCAAGUGAGUUUGAGGUUCAUGCUAUUCAACUGGAGAACGACGAGAUAUAAGCCUUGAGGAUGCAGGUGUGUGCGGGGAAGUCUCAGUGCUGGAACAUGUGCUCCGAAGGGCGGGGGGUGUGUGUGGGGACAAGGACCACCUCUGGCCCCUCCUGGUCCCAGCAGGUGCAGCCCUUUCUGUGCGGCCCAUGGAGACCCUGUGCUGAGGGGCAGCUUUAGGGCCCGGACAACCAAUAAAGAACUGAAUAAACUCAUCCCCCUGGGCCAUCUGUCUACUGGUCCAGCCUGGCCAGACCUCAGGGAUGGC